GGCGCGCGCGGCGCCGUGCGCGCGGGGCCGGCCGUUGAGUGUCGCUUCCUACUUUGUCUCUUCAUGAGGGCUUGGCGUGAGCUGCGGCGGUCCGUGUCCUCCGCCCUCUCCUCCGGCGAUGGGUCAGGCCCCGGCGGGAGGCCUCGGAGGCGGGCGUGGGAGGUGUCGUUGUCGCCGCUGGAGCGGGUGAGGCGGCUACUGCCGCCGGAGAGAGCGGCGGCGGUAGGGCGGUGCGCGGCCGCCCCUCCGGCUCCCCCUGAGGAGGAGGAGGAGGAGGAGGAGGAGGUGGCGGCCACCGCCCCUCAGGCGCCUUCUGAGGCGUCGGGAGCGUGUCCCGGCCCUUUCCGCGCCGGGGAGUUUGCUCUGGCGGAGAUGAAGAGGAAGCACAACACGGUGCUGAGACUGUUGUGCCGGUUGGCGGCGGGUUCGGUGCUGGCCAGCCCCGGCGGCCUUCUGCCCCACGGCAACAUCAUUGGGCAGCUGCCCGGGCAGGUGCUGCGCACGGCGGCCGGGGCGCGGCUGCUGCUGAGGCGGCCCUCGCUGGAGGACUACGUGCUGCUGAUGCCGCGGGGACCCGCUAUCGCCUACCCCAAGGAUGUAAGUGCGAUGUUAAUGAUGAUGGACGUCCACCCGGGAGACACCGUUCUGGAAACUGGCAGCGGGUCUGGUGCUAUGAGCUUGUUUCUGUCAAGAGCAGUUGGGCCCAAAGGACGUGUUAUAAGUUACGAAAUCAGAGAUGAUCAUCAUAAUUUAGCUAAGAAGAAUUACAGGCACUGGCGUGCUGCAUGGGAAAUCGGGCAUACGGAAGAGUGGCCGGAUAAUGUGGAUUUCAUUCUUAAAGACAUUUCAACAGCUGCUGCGGAUAUGAAAUCUAUAACACUUGAUGCAGUAGUUCUGGAUAUGCUUAACCCACAGUCCGCUCUUUCUGUUGUACACCCAAGUCUGAAACUGGGUGGUGCGUGCGCUGUGUAUUUAGCAAACAUCACACAGGUUAUUGACCUUUUAGACAGAAUACGGACCUGCAAGCUCCCGUUUUUGUGUGAGAGGAUUAUUGAGGUAACUUACAGGAAUUGGUUGGUACACCCUGCUAAAAUCAAGAACUGCAAAUCAAGCCAAAUGGUGGAAACUCAAGAAAAUAUCAAAGAACCAUCUCCAAAAGAAUACGGAGAAAUCCACAUUCAGGAUCAAGUAGUUCUUAACGGAAGUGAAUACAACGAAUCACUUCCUGACGAUGCUGAAACAUAUCGCUCGGUGCCUUAUGUGGCUAGACCAUCUUAUUGGCAGGAUGGUCAUUCAGCAUUCCUUACCAAGCUGAGAAAGUUCCGGCCACGGCUUUCUUGACCCUGCGGAGAUGUUAGCUGCUAAUUUGAGUAUUGUAUCAGAAUAAAAUAAAAUGUUACACAGUAGCUGCUA